GGGUUGACAGGGAACGAUAGAUCAGCCAUGAUUGAAUGGCAUUGAAGAUUUGAUGGUGCCGAAUGGCUUAAUUUGGUCUUACAAUUUAUGAAUUCAUGAAAAAAGUGCUGGACUAACUCAGCGGGUUAGGCAACAUCUCUGGAGAACAUCGAUAGGUGAUGUUUUGGAUCAGAACCCUUCCUUUCUCCACUAAUGUAAACCCAAAGGAUUUAUAUUUCAUUGUUUGCCAUCUCAGGCAAAAAAUGAUGGCAUCACUCAGCAGGUCAGGCAGUGUCUGGAGAUAGAAACAGGGUUAAAUGUUUCAUGUCCAAAAUCCACCAACAAAGGUGGGAUAGGGAGACACAAGAAAGUGCAGGUGCUGGAGUCUUGAGUAAAACACAAAAUGCUGAAGGAAUUCAGCAUAGACAAUGUUUCGGAUUGGGACCCUUCUUUGGGAAAGAGGAUGGGUUUCAGAUCCUGCCUGUUCACCGAUCAGUGUAUCAUGUGGUAAUAUAAGCUCCAGGCGGCGAACUCUUGCUUCUCUUUCCACAGAUGCUGCCUGACCAGCUGAAUGAUUUCGGCAUUUUCUGUUCAUUUUUCAAUUGUUCCACCCACUGCCAGCCUGACGUGUGGUGAUCUUGUACAACGUUCUGUCUUGUCAAUGUCUGCGCCUGUUUCCACUGACUCUGGAGCGGGAGAGGCUUUGAAUAGGCUUUGAGCUGCGGCGAUCCUCUCCCUUCCACCCCACCACCUCCACGAACAGGGUCCACCUUUCCCGACGUGAGGCUCAGCCGCCGCUGAUCGAGAAGAGCUGAAAUCAAGGCAACUCAUCUCGGCUCACUGACAAGUCAGAUGACAAUUACUGAUGCAAACAAACGCAAGCUGAGCCUGCCUGGAGUCGGGGCGGCCGGGAUCCUGCAAUGGUCCCCGGCCGGGAGGGCAGACUUUGGAACCAGCAGCCUCCCCCCGCCCAAUGACCAGCUGAUGGAGAUGGUGUGAGUGGAAUGGAUGAUGACUGCAAAAAAUGGGCACAAGUUUUAUGGAACUACCUUAAAUUGGGACAACCUCUGGUGAAGAGCGACGUAAUUAUUGGCCUGGGGUGCCAUGAUAUCCGUGUGGCUGAAAGAGCUGCACAUCUCUAUCUGGAAGAGUGGGCUCCACUGAUAUUGUUUACUGGUUACCUGGGAAGCCAUACCGUGGGUGUAUGGCAUAAGGCGGAGGCAGCCAUUUUUGCCGAAAAUGCAGUUAAAUUGGGCGUUCCUGGUGACAAGAUUAUACUGGAAACAAAGGCCACAAAUACAGGCGAGAAUAUAAGGUUUGCAUAUCAAACGCUGAAGGAAAAGAAUAUCCCAGUGAAGAGGAUUAUUCUAGUCCAACAGCCGUUUAUGGAACGCCGUGUUUACGCAACCUACCUUCGACAGUGGCCGGAAGACAAAGAGAAUGUGCAGGCCAUUGUCACAUCUCCAAUAAUGGAACUUGAAGACUACCCAAACAAGCAUGUGGGCAAUAUGGACAACUUAAUUGAGUAUAUGUUGGCUGUUUUUGAACGAAUUCGGGAUUACCCAAAGAAGGGGUUUCAGGUGGAGCAAGACAUUUUUCCAGAGGUUUAUGAAGCCCAAUGGAAACUAAUACAAGCCGGUUACCAACCCAAAUAAAACGUUCCACAGAUGAAACGCUGUAUCAAUUUCAAGUUUUACAUCAAAUGGACAUCGCAACCUUCCUGCACUCGAUUUUUAUUUACAUUAAUUUUGUAUUAAAAUUGUACUUUUACAAGGGUAUUGAUUAAGUAAAUCAUGCAGAACUAGUUAUUAAACUGGCCACGGUUUCUGAGUUGAAACCAAGGAAGGUGGAUCACACUAUUUUUUCCUUUAAGACACAGCAUAAAUACAAAAAUUAUACUGUGAAAUUGCAGAGAGUAAUAUCAGCGAUAAUUAAAGGACAUAUUGUUAAUAAUAUUUUGUAAGAAAGAAGUAUUAAAUGUAACGGUAUUUUGUAAGUAAAUCAUAGAAAGGUAACCAGUUAAUCUCAAAAACUUUCGGAAUCCACUGUUCAGCAAUAUAGUUACUCAAGUCUGAAGAAGGGUCUCCACCCAAAAUGUUGCCCAUGCUUUUUUUCCAGAGCAGUUGCCUGACCCGCUGAGUCACUCCAGCACUUUGUGUCUAUCUAUCAUUACUCAAGAUUCUACUGAAAUGCUAAAAGGAUGUAACAACCUUGUUUGACACGGCAAGUAACAAUGGAAUACUCUCACCAUUAUUUGUAACACCCUCAAAACAGUCAAAGCAUGCAGAAUAAAAUACACUUACCAUCA